AUGGUAUUUGAAAAGUUCGUUGUCCAUCUAUUGGAUAAAUAUUUAAGUGAUUAUAUUGAAAAUUUGGAUUAUAAAAAGCUUAAAGUUGAUAUAUGGAGUGGUAUGUAUUAUCUUAUUUACUAUAAACAAAAUUUUUUCUACGAGUUAUUUCUAGGCAAUGUUAUGCUAGAAAAUCUUUAUCUAAAACCAAAUGCUCUUGCUGAUCUUAAUCUUCCAGUAACUAUAACUAUUGGAUAUCUUAAAAAACUUAGACUUCAAAUUCCAUGGAAAAACUUGUAUACACAUCCAACAAAACUUACUAUCGAUGGACUCUAUGUACAUGUUAUACCCAAAAUCGAAGUUGAAUACAAUGCUAAACAAGAUGAAAAAGAACAAUAUGAAGCUAAAAUGAAAGAAGUUGAAAAAAUCGAAAAUCUUCGUAAAGAAAAAGAAGCUCUUAAGAAUAUAAAGAAGAUUGAAAAAGAUAAUGAUACAUUUGGUGCACGAAUGAAAUUACAAAUUAUUCAAAAUCUUGAAUUAUCAAUUCAAAAUAUUCAUAUUGUUUAUGAAGAUAAAACAACAAAACCUAAUCAUCCAUUUGCAUUUGGUAUUACACUUAAUUACAUCACAUUUCAAACAACUAAUAAAGAAUGGAUACCAACAAUAAUCAAAGAGAAUAGCCCAACUAUUUACAAAAUCGGCGAAUUAAAUGCUUUAUCAAUCUAUUGGAAUACAAAUAUUGAAUCAAAUUCAAAUUUACCAAGAAAUGCAAUCAUUAAAAAUUUACAAACAAAAAUUGCUGUUGAUAAUAAUGAUCAAGCCUCAAAAGAUAUGGCAUAUAUCUUCCAGCCAUUCAAUGUUAAAACUAAAUUGAUCAUAACAAUGAAACCUCGUCAACAAAACUUCGAAAGAUCUAUGUUUUAUAUAACCAUUGAUUUAGGACAUAUUAGUUUAACUUUAAAUCGUGCUCAGUAUUUGGAUAUACUCGAUUUACUUGAAUUUCAAGAUCAUUUUACUGCAAAAUUGAAAUAUAUUAAAUAUCGACCAAAGAAAUUCGAUAAAACAAUACAAAAAUGGAUUUUUGCAUAUAAUGCAAUUGUGGAGGAGAAAAUUAAACCUCGUUUAGAAUGUUAUAAAUGGGAAAAUAUAAAAAAACAUUUGGAACGUUGUCGCGAAUAUCGUUAUAUUUAUGUACAAGAACUUACAGGAAAAAUAACUAAUGAACAAAAACAACUUGCUGAAGAAUUAGAAAAAAGACUUGAUGUAUUCAAUUUAACAUAUAUUCGUCAACAUGCUCAGCUUGAAUAUGUCGAUAUUGACCUUUCAAUUCGAUUGACUAUGCUCAAUUUAAAUAUUCGGUCAAAAAUCAAUGAAAAUGAUCAAGAAUUUAGACUUAUUAGUCAUGCUGCUCUACCUGAUACACAAAUAAUAUUUAAACGACGUCCAGCAACAUCUUCUGCUUUAUUUCUCGCUAGUUUAGGUUCAUUUGACGUAUUCGGUAUUGCUACCGAUUUGAAACAAUCAGAAUCAUCAAAUAAUAGUCAUCCCGUUCUUAUUCAUUCAAUUAUUCAACCAAGAUCAUCAAAUAACCAAUUAGAGAAUCCAAAAUUAUUAGAAGUCGAAUUUGAAAUUAAUCCAUUAGAUCGAGACUCAGGUUAUCGUAUGAAAGUCAUAUCACAGUCGCUUGAAAUAAAAUACCAUGCGCCUACUAUCAAUAAAAUUAUGGAAUUUUUUGAACAGGAUACUCGAUACAAUCUACGAAGAGUUAAACAAGUCGCUUACAUCACAUAUACAGAUAUUAAACAUCAAUCUAUAUUAUUCAUGAAAUACAAUAUAGAAAAAACAAGAGUACUCGAUAUUCACAUUGAUAUACAAUCGUCUUAUUUGCUUUUGCCUGAAAAUGGUGUCUACUAUGAGUAA